CUCUCUCAAACCUCUGCGUUUUCACUGUCGUUCGAACUCGAGGCUAUGACAAGCUGUGCUCUCACAAGUGUGUGAGCCACCGGGGUGUGAACAGAGGACAGUGUAAUUUAGUUGCCACCACUCGCACUUGGGAAGAGACUGUGUAGUCAGUGACAUCACUGCGCAUUUACAAUAGACUCAAGGUAGAGAGCAGAGCAAAACAAGAAGACAUACGAAAAAGCAGGGGACCGCGCGAGGGCCACCAAAUGUAAACUACACAGCGAUACAGGUGCAGUGAAAUUGGCGGCGCACUUAGGAUGCAGAAGUCACCUGUGGAAGAUGCAAACUUCCUCUCCAAGUUUUUCUUCUGUUGGACAUCCCCAUUGUUAAGGAAGGGCUUCAAAAAGAAGUUGGAGUUGACAGACGUUUACAAGGCACCUUCGUAUGACCUCGCAGAUAACCUUUCCGAAAGACUAGAAAGAGAAUGGGACCGAGAAGUAGCUUCGUCCAAGCAGAAGCCUCGGCUCAUGCGAGCUAUCUCCCGCUGUUUCCUGUGGCCGUUUCUUUUUUAUGGAGUUCUGUUGUACUUUGGGGAGGCCUCCAAGACAGUCCAGCCCCAGCUUCUGGGGCGAAUCAUUGCUUCUUUCGACCCUUUCCAUGCCCCAGAGAGGGAGCAGGGCUACUACCUGGCUCUGGGCCUCUGCCUGCUUUUCACUGUGCGUUUCCUCCUCCUCCAGCCCGCCAUCUUUGGCUUGCACCACCUGGGCAUGCAGAUCCGCAUCGCCCUAUUCAGUCUAAUCUAUAAAAAGACUCUGAAGCUGUCAAGCCGUGUCCUGGAUAAGAUCAGCACAGGUCAGCUGGUUAGCCUAAUGUCUGCCCACCUUAACAAGCUGGACGAGAGUCUGGGCCUGGCACACUUUGUGUGGAUCACCCCUCUCCAGUGUAUCCUCUGUGUGGGGCUGAUCUGGGAGUUGAUCGAGGUCAACGGCUUCUGUGCCCUGGCUGCCCUAACCCUGCUGGGCAUCGUCCAGGCGUGCCUCUCCCAGAAGAUGGGCCCUCACAGGGUGAAGAGAGCCGGUAUGAUCAGCCGCCGUCUGGCUCUCACCUCGGAGAUCGUGGAGAACAUUCAUUCAGUCAAAGCUUACGGCUGGGAAGAAGUCAUGGAAACCAUCAUCAAGAAUAUCAGACAGGGCGAGAUGACGCUGACACGCAAGAUUGGUUCCCUGCGCUACUUCUAUAGCGCCUCUUACUUCUUUUCGGCCAUCCUGGUCAUCGUGUCGGCCAUCGUUCCGCACGCGCUCAGCAAAGGCAUUAUCCUGCGCCGCAUCUUCACCACAGCCUCCUACUGCAUGGUGCUGCGCAUGACCCUCACCCGCCAGCUGCCCGGCUCCAUUCAGAUGUGGUACGAUACCCUGGCACUGGUCAAGAAGAUAGAGGAAUAUCUCACCAAAGAAGAAUACAAAGUGUUGGAGUACAACCUCACCACAACUGAAGUGGAGCUGGUGAAUGUCUCUGCUUCUUGGGAUGAGGGCAUAGGGGAGCUUUUUGAGAAGAUCAAGCAAGAGAACAAGGCCAACAGUCACCCAAAUGAUGACGCCAGCGUCUUUUUCACCAACCUGUAUGUUACUCCUGUCCUAAAGAACAUCAGCCUGUACCUGGAGAAAGGCAAGAUGUUGGCGGUGGCUGGCUCCACCGGCUCUGGGAAGAGUUCUCUGCUGAUGAUGAUUCUUGGGGAGCUGGUCCCUUCAGAAGGGAAGAUUCGACACAGCGGACGGAUCUCAUUCUCCUCUCAAACUUCCUGGAUCAUGCCAGGAACCAUCCGUGACAACAUCCUGUUUGGGCUGGUCUACGAUGAAUACCGCUACAGUUCAGUCAUCAAAGCCUGCCAACUAGAAGAGGACCUGGCCCUGCUACCAGAGAAAGACAAGACUUCCCUUGUAGAGGGUGGGGUGACUCUCAGUGGGGGUCAAAGGGCACGUAUCAGUCUUGCCAGGGCUGUGUACAAAGAUGCCGACCUCUACCUAUUGGAUUCGCCUUUCACACACCUGGAUAUAGUGACAGAGAAGGAGAUCUUUGAGAGGUGCUUUUGUAAACUCAUGGCCUCUAAAACACGUAUAGUGGUCACCAGCAAACUGGACCACCUCAAGCGGGCCGACAAGAUUCUGCUGCUCCACAAUGGCAUCUGCUACUUCUAUGGCUCCUUCUCUGAGCUUCAGGCACAGCGCCCGGACUUCAGCUCACUACUCCUCGGUCUCGAGGCCUACGACAACAUAAAUGCUGAGAGGCGAAGUUCCAUCCUGACCGAAACCCUCCGCCGGGUCUCUGUCGACGAAUCGGCCGGUCUACGAGGUUCUGAGCCCUUUCGCCAAUCCUUCCGCCAGCACCCACCGCCUAUCAUUAUCGCUGGAUCCCAAGGCACGCCCGGAGUUGACGGUCACACGGAGAAACGUAAACAGUCCCUCAUCCUCAACCCACUAGCAGCCGCCCGCAAGUUCUCCUUCAUUGGAAACUCCCAGCAAAACGCUAAUGGCCCUUCGAACACCAUUGAAGACGGAGUACGGGAACUCUCUGAGCGCAAGUUUUCAGUUGUUCCUGAAGAUGACCAAGUGGAGGAAGUUCUGCCCAGGAGUAACCUGUACCACAACGGGCUGCAGCAGCUCAGCGGGCAGCGGCGCCAGUCGAUGUUGUCAUUUAUCACCAAUGCCCAGGGACAGGGCCAGAGAGAGCACCUACAGUCCUCCUUCAGGAAGAAACUGUCCAUUACACCUCAGUGCGACCUGGCCUCAGAGUUAGACAUCUACGCUCGGCGCCUCUCUAAGGACUGUUCGUACGAUAUCAGUGACGAUGUUAACGAGGAGGACAUGAAGGAAUGCUUUGCCGACGAGAAGGAGAACGUCUUUGAGACGACCUCGUGGAACACCUACCUGCGAUACAUCACUACAAACGGGAACCUGGUCUACGUCCUUAUCUUCAUCUUUCUGGUGUUUGUGAUAGAGGUUACUGGCUCCGUCCUUGGCAUAUUUCUCAUUACAGAUAAGAUCUGGAGUGAAGAGGCCAACCCUUUGGCAUCAGACUUUGUUGACACACAGCACCCCAACAGCUCACAGUCCAAUUCCCAGCUGGGUGUCAUCGUCACGCCCACCAGUGCGUAUUACAUCAUCUACAUUUACGUGGCGACUUCCGAGAGCGUGCUGGCGUUGGGCUUCUUCCGAGGCCUCCCAUUGGUCCACACGCUGCUUACCGUAUCCAAGAGGCUCCACGAACAAAUGCUGAGCGCCGUGCUCAGGGCACCGAUGGCCGUCCUUAACACCAUGAAAACUGGUCGGAUCAUGAACAGGUUCACCAAAGACAUGGCCACCAUUGAUGACAUGCUGCCUCUAGUGCUGUUAGACCUCAUUCAGUUGACGUUGAUAGUCCUGGGGGCCAUCUUCACCGUGUCCAUCAUGCGGCCGUACAUCUUCAUCGCUGCCAUCCCCCUGGCCUGCAUCUUCCUGACCCUUAGGAAGUACUUCCUGCGUACAGGACAGCAGCUCAGACAGCUGGAGGCGGAAGCCCGCAGUCCCAUCUUCUCCCACCUCAUCAUCUCCCUGAAGGGGCUGUGGACCAUCCGGGCGUUUGGCCGCCAGUCCUACUUCGAGACCCUGUUCCACAAGGCGCUCAACACGCACACUGCUGUCUGGUUCCAGUACCUCUCCACGCUGCGCUGGUUCCUCUUUCGCUGUGACAUCAUCUUCGUCUUUUUCUUCUCCGCCGCGGCCUUCAUUGCUGUAGGAACCAACCAGGAUAAGCCUGGGGAGAUUGGCAUCAUCGUAGCCCUUGCCAUGCUCAUUCUGGGGACUUUCCAGUGGGCUGUUAUCACCAGCAUUACUGUGGAUGGACUGAUGCGGUCGGUGGACCGAGUCUUCAAGUUCAUCGACCUGCCGUCGGAAGAGCCUCGGCCCAGCGGGGGUAAAGGCCUGGACCUGGUCAUCAACAAUCCUCACGCCCAGGAGAACUGGCCCAACCAGGGCCACAUGGACAUCCAGGGCCUGACGGUCAAGUACACGAAGGCUGGCCGGGCCGUGCUGCAGAACCUCUCCUUCACGGUUGAGGGGGGUCAGAGUGUGGGAGUCUUGGGGAGGACAGGGUCAGGGAAGAGCACCCUUCUCUCUGCUCUGCUGCGCCUGGCAUCUACAGAUGGAGAGAUUACCAUCGAUGGAGUCUCCUGGAACAGCGUCUCCCUGCAGACCUGGAGGAAAGCCUUCGGAGUGGUGCCACAGAAAAUCUUCAUCCUUACUGGAACGUUCCGUAUGAAUCUGGACCCGCACACUCGUUACAGUGACGAGGACCUCUGGAGGGUGGCUGAGGAGGUGGGUCUGAAGUCUGUGAUUGAGCAGUUCCCUGACAAGCUGGACUUCCAGUUAGAGGACGGGGGCUACGUCCUCAGUAACGGCCACAAGCAGCUCAUGUGUCUGGCCCGCUCGAUUCUCAGCAAGGCCCGCAUCCUUCUGCUGGAUGAGCCCAGUGCCUACCUGGACCCUAUAACGUUGCAGGUACUGCGGAAGACACUGAAGCAGUCGUUCUCCAACUGCACUGUCAUCCUGUCAGAACACAGAGUGGAACCACUUCUGGAGUGCCAGUCUUUCUUGAUGAUCGAGGGCAGCUCCAUAAAGAGGUACGACUCCAUCCAGAAGUUGCUGAACGAGACCAGCCACCUGAAGCAGGCCAUCAGCCAGGCGGAGCGCCUCAAGCUCUUCCCGCUGCACCGCCUCAACUCCAGCAAGCGCGCCCCGCAGACCACCAAGAUCUCCUCCCUGCAGGAGGAGGCUGAGGAGGAAGUGCAGGACACUCGCCUCUGAGGUGGGGCUGGAGGGUGGAGAACACUCGCCUGGGGUUGGAGUCUGUAGAGAGGGAAAGGGGUGGGAAGCCUUUUUAACUGACAAAGUCAUUUGGGGAAUUCACUUUAAUGAGUCUGAGGCCCAAUAUAAUUACCCUGUAACUAGUGUUAAUGACGUUAGCUCGUGACUUUGUACUAUGAGACAGUAGUCGGCACUAUCUGCUGUUUUCUACAAGACGACUGAUUCGAAAAUAUUUGGGGAAAACAGUUUAUUUCAAAGGGGUAUAUGUAGGCAUGUAUAAAGCAUGUGAAAGAGAAUCUGAGCAUCAUGCAUGCCAUAGAUAUUUUCUAAUACUUUGAUAAAUGCUUUCAACAUUCAUACACUUUUUUUUUGCUUUCAUGUCAUAUUUAUGUUGUUCCUGUCAUGACUUAGCAACAGAAUGUGAAUUUAGGCCACUUUCUGAUGUCCUCCCACAUACAAUGACACCUUGGCAGUCAGGUUUUCUUAGGCUACUCUGUACUAGAGACAGACCUUGCUCAAAUAUAUAGUACAGCACUUUUCAAUACAGACAUUUGUCUAUCUUAAAACAUUCGAUUGGUAGCCUGAGACAGACAAACUAAGAUUACUGUGUUGUUUUCAAACACCUGCUAGGGGGAGGGGGGGUGUUUAAAUGAGCAGGUCUAUAUUUUACUAACAGUCAUGACAGCAAAUGUUGAAAUGACAUUUAUUUUAGAAUUGGAAGCAAUCAGAAAGUGGAAUGAAUUCAUAUACUAUUCCUAUGGACUGUAAUGAAUGUUAAACAACAUAUGUGGAGAUGUCAUGAAUGAUCUCUUGACAUGCUUAUGUAUACUCCUUUCAAGUGAAAUCAAUGUGUUUUGGGUUAUUUACACUCAUGAGCAACACUUGUUCAGUGGUAAUUACAUAGGUGUACUGUGUGUUGUUGCAUAGGUGGUAAAUCGACUUGUAAUUAUGCAAUGAUCUGUAACAGGGCCUGAAAAACCCAGAGAACCAUCUUAAUUCCUCUUUGUUCCCAAUUCUGACCCAAAUUAGACCAAACAUGACUAACUGGAUGCAGUUUCAUGCUUUUAUGAUCAUUCCAAGUGCCUUUGCAGGAUCAUUUUUGAAUAUGGUGAAAUAUAUUUUUUGUUUUAAAUUACUUUUUUGUACUAGUGGCUAUUCAAUCAACAUGUUGAUUGGAACCAUUUUGGGAGAAAAAAGUAGUAUAUACGUGAUGAGUAUAUACACAAUACAUUUGCAUGAAUGAAAGACCUAAAACCUAAUUCAGCAUCAGGAUUUUCCAUUGUCUCAAACUUGAAAGGUAACUGGCUGUAAAUCAAAGUAGGAUGAGGGUGUACCUCUACAUGCUGAUUUGAGAUCAGAUUAGCAUUCUGUUGUUCUGACUAAUCUAGAAACUGCAUUGAGAUUAUCUGGCUGUAGAGCUGCGUUUACAAGGGUCUUUGUUAAAAGUCUACCCACUGUAAAUACACAUGACAGUGAUGGCACGGGUGAUGAUACCAUGCACAAGUGGUUAGAUGCCCUUAUUUUUCUAUGUGUAUGCACUUUAAAAACACCUGAGGUACUCUUUUGCUUUUUCCCCCAUGGUGGUAUAAUAGAGAGGAAAAGUAAAUGAUCGAAUGCUGUAUGAAAACGACACCCUAAUUAUACGUGAUUUGAUGGAAUUCAGAAUUCAAAAUAUUCUCUCUUCUUUUGGCACAUUGUUCCUUAGAGAUCGCUAAUGAUUUUAUAAUACAUUGAUGCGAGAUUUUUUUUCUUUUUCGACAAUGUCAAUUAAAACAAAGCAUGUUCUUAUUCAUAGGAAAUUGACACAAAUGUUGAAACAUGUAUGAAGAUUUCAUGUAUCAAUUUCAUAUCUAUAAUCAGUUAUAUUUCCAGUAAAAAUAUGAUUUUAA